AUGGUGUCACAUCUACGCCGCCCUCAUCCUUGCUCUCUGCACUGUUGUAUGCCGAAAAUUCCCGAUACCGUCCGGGACUCGGACGCGGGCUCCGGCCUGCUAGCAAUGAGCGCGUUGAUCUGGGUUGUGAGGCGGUUCCAGCACCUGACCGGCGACCUCCGUCGCAUUGCCACCAGCAUGGACAAGCCCACCGUCUCGGGGUUGAAGGCGCUGCGGAACGAGAUGGUAGCCCUCAUCAAGAAGCAAGUCCCGCUCAUACGGUCGGGGAAAACCGUUGUUGCUGCCGACGCCUGUGACGACGACGGCGAGGAAGUCCAUUCUGCAUCCGUACCAGUAGGGGUCGCCCCGAACGUCGCUGAUGCGCGUGGCAAGUCGGGAGUCGGCGUCGACGAGGCCGAUGCGGCCGCAGGAAAGGGGGUGACCGGGACUGAGGUUGUUCACGGGGAUGAUGAUGGGGUCCAGGAUCGCGAGGAGGAACGUGAGGGUGAGGGGGGCUCGGAGGAGUCGUCGGGGUCGAGGUCGGGGUCGGUAUCGGGGUCGGGCUCGGAGUCGGAGGAGGAGCAGGAGCAGGAGACGCAGGAGCACGAGAGGCAGCACCAGGAGGAGCAGUUGGUAGAGGUGGAGGACGUGGAAAUGGCGGAGGGGUACGUUGUCGGAGGAGCGGAGGGGUACGUUGUCGGAGGAGCGGAGGAAACGGGUGGGAGAUCGGCGGAUGUCGAGAACGACGAAGGGGAGGGGAAGGGUGCGACAGCGAAUAUCGGCGAGGUCGGCGUGGAGGCGGCUCACGGAGGUGGUGGCAUGGUCAAGGUCGGUGAAGGGGAUAACGCCGCGGUCCCGGAGCAGAGGGGCGUGGAUGUGCAUACCGAUGCCACCGCGGAGAAGGCCGGCGGGGAGCGGUCUAGGAGGAAGAAGGCGGCGAGCGGUCAUCCCGGUUCCACCGCGGCUGGGCGGCAGGCGCGGCUGGACGUCGUCGAUCAGCUGAGGGCGGAGAACAGGCGAUUGCGUGCAGACAAUGCACUCCUUGAACGGCGGCUCGGUGAGCAGACGGGGCGGGUCGACAGCUUGGCGGCGGCAUUAGCUGGGCUCCUCGAGAAGGUGAAGGGUUUGACCGCCCAGGUCGCCGACACCGACCGGAAAUCGGAGGAGCGCCUCAAAGAGGCCACGUCGACCAUGGCGACCACAAUCACCGAGGGCCUCACCGACAACAUGGACAGCGCCAUUCAAUCGGCCAAGUCCUUCGCCGAGCUAGCGAGGCAGACGCUGCUGGAUCUUGACGACCCCAAGGGACGAGCGGCGGUCGCACGCGCGACCGCGGUGAAGACAGUGACCGAGCACGUGACGGCGGAGGUGGGCGAGGCGAGGAAGGGGUUGGAGGAGUCGUUCAUCAAAUACAUCGGCGCCGCGCAGACCAACAUUGCCGCCGCCGUCGCGCCCCGCCUAGUCCAGCCGCCGCCGCCUACCGGCCCAGCGCAGGCCUUGCCGGAAGAUUUCCUGAAGUCUUUCAAGGAGGACGUGCUGAAGGCGGUGACGGAGACCACGCAGCAGUCCUUCCUCGCCUCUGGACUGAAGAUAAUGGCCGAGGUCGUCGGCACGGUGGCGUAUGCUCGGCGUGGGUCGUCGCCGUCGGCAAACGACGCCGGCCAAGCGCAACCUACGGAGGGCUUGAAGCUGGGUCACAAGAGGCGGGGAGGCGGCGGGGGGGGCGACGGGGACAAUUCGGCGAACAAGAAGCGGAGCAAGGGAGGCGGGGGGUCUGGCGGCGGGGGGGGGGGACGGAGACGAUUCGGCGGGCGCGAGGCGGACCAAGGGAGCGGCUGCACGGGCCAUGGUGGUGGGGGUCCCGCCGACGAGCAUGCCACUGAUGACGCACUGCCAAUGGCUCCGCCUUCGGUCGGCGUUAAGCCACCACGACAGGGUAGCGGUGUGAAAGGCCUGCGCGACAAGGAGAAGGCCGCCGCCAAAACGGCCCCAGGCGGGUCCGCGAAAGCUGGCCAGGGCCCGAAGACAGGGGUUGCGGAGGCGUCAGCGGUUCCUCACCAGUCUCCCGCGGGUGCACGCCAUCCGACCGGACCGUCUGCCGGGCGACCUACCGACGUCCCGCGCCAUGCCGACGUACCGUCUGCCGACAAGGUUGGCCGCGCGGGAAAAGGGGCGGCAGUUGCGAACGCGCUCAAGGAGCAGCUCAGGCUCCUAGCCGGCCACAGGGCUGUUCAACAGGCCCCCCCUGCUGUCGACGUCCCAUCGGCCACUGAUGUGGAGAAGGCGGCGGAGAAGGGCGUUCGUGCCGCGCUUGCCACCGGCGGCGGCGCCGUUGAGGAGGUCCCCGCAGACGCUGAUAUCGCUGCCAUACAGGCCCAUCUGGAUGCAGCCAAUCCCCGAACCCUGGCCAUCUCCGACACGGAACAUGUGGAGCCUUCGGCGGGACUCGUCGGCAUCGCGGCAGAGCCUAGUGCGACCGGUGAUGCGGUCGGUGAAGGAAAGUCGAAACGGAAGGGGAAGGCGGGCUCACAGAGGAAGACGCGGGAGAAGUCGGAGGUGAAGGCGGCGGAUAAACAGAAGGGGAUGGCGGCGGAGACGGCGGCGGACAAAGAUCGAGGCGGCAUUGGGGAGGUUGAAGGGAAAGGGGAGAAUCAGGAGAAGUCGCCCGGCGAGGGUACGUCGACGGGGAGGAAGGGGAAGGACAAGUCGGUCGGAGAAGGUGCGUCGACCGGGAGAAAGGGGAAGGAGAAGGCGGUCGGCGAGGGUUCCUCGAAGGGGAGAAAGGGAAAGAGGAAGGCGGAGGAGGAGGAUGAGGAUGUCGAGGAGGUGGAGGAGGUCGAGCAGGAGGAAGAGGAGGAGGAGGAGGAGGAGGAGGAGGAGGAGGAGGAGGAGGAGGAGGAGGAGGAGGAGGAGGAGGAGGAGGAGGAGGAGGAGGAGGAGGAGGAGGGGAAGGGCAAGGAGAGGAGGGGUCAUGGCAUCCGACACGAUACCUCGGGCGACAAGCAAGGGUGGGUCGGCGAGAUUAAGGUGCACGGCAUCAAUCGAUACAUCGGCAAGUCGCGGGACAAGAUGGAGCUCGCGUACGUUCACUCCAUCGCGUACGUCGUCUACGACGGUUUCGUGAGCAAGGUGCUCAUGACCGAGCUCACCGGCUUGGACAGCGCCGAAUUGGAGAGGUGGAAGGAGGUGUGGGAGGAGGUCAGGAUCUUGCCGACAGGGAUGUGGACGGUGAUGUGGGCCCGGGGUACGCUCCUUCCAAAGACACGGCUGACAGAGAUCCUCGACGCGUAUCGCCAUUACAAGUCCACAGGCAAUUGUCUCCACGCCGCGCUCCUGCCAGCGAUAUGGUACCCAGUCGAUGCUAGCACCGAGGAAGGCCGGGAGAAGUCGGCGUUCAUGAUGUCGGCGAUGAUAGGUCGCGUGUCAAUGUGCGCUGCAUAUGGGAAGACCGCUGCGGCAGCGGCGAAGAAGGAGGGAGACAAGGAGGAGAAGACGGAUAUGGCGGCAUGGGCGUUAGCAGCAUCCGCAUGCGCUGUGUGGUGCUUCGUCGAGAACGGCGAUGCCCAGCUGGCGGAUGCUGUGGAAGAAGGGAAGUCGGCGGCGAUCAUCGGCGGAGCGAGCCAGGCGACCGCCGAUGUAUUCGGAAAAGUCAUGGAGGCUGGUGCUGAAAGCCGAGAUGAACAGGGACCGCCCCCUGGGAGAGGUUGCCUACAACGUCGCGCCAGCACUCCAGAGGACCGCCCUUGA